AUGAAGAUUUAUUCUUGCAAGGGAUGCAACUUAUUAUUCAAUCAAACAGUCAGGAAACCUAUGAAUCUUAGCUGUGGAGAUGUAAUAUGUUAAGCAUGCUUAGCUUUCCAAUUCAAUGAAGCUUCAAAAAAACAAGGAUUCUUCAAUUGCCCUUUCAAUGAUGCUCAUACUAUUGAUUAUAACUUUGAGCCUUUUGAAAACCUUCAUAUUCUUCAAAAUCUGAGCUCUCAAGAAUUUCUCAACAUUUAAUGUGACAAGCACUCAGAUGAAAUGGUCAAAAUUUAUUGUUAAAAAACAGAAGAAUUAAUAUGUGGUGAAUGUGUAAUUAUUAGAGAAGCAUUUAAUAAUAGCAAGUCAGAAAACGAUUUCUUCAAAGUCUCUAGAAAGGGGUUCGAGGGAUAUGCUUAAAAUAUUAUUCUUGCACUAGUAAAUCUCCAGGAAAGAAUUAAGAAUUUACUUAAUGACUUACUUUCUUUUAAGAAUAAAGAUAAGAUAUUUAUGGGCAGUGAAUUUAUGAAACUCGUCAAGAAUGUAAAGCAAGUAUUUUAAGAUAAGGCUUGCCGAGAGGAAUUUUCCAAGAGUUGUGAAGAUAUUCUUGAUGAUACUGCAUAAAAUUCUAAUCAUGAGGAAUCUGAAAGCGAAUAUCAAAUCCUAAAAUAAAGUUAGUCAUUAUCAGAUCUUUUUGAAUAGUCUUCAUUAUCUCAGAAAGGCUCUAGAUAGGAGUAAGCUACAUAGAUGAAUCCUCAAUAGAAGGAGGAAGAGAAGAAACAAGAGAAUAACAUUAUUACCUAAGAAAUAAAAUCUGUUGCUAGUGUCUAACUCUAGACUAUUCCUGAAUAAUUAUCUGCAUUAAAACUGUUAGAAACAAAUCCUUAGUACAUGAACUAUAGAAAACUAGUAGACUUCUAAAUCACAACAAACUAGGAAUUUUUAAUCAGAGACAAUAUUCUUAAUUAAUAAUUCUUGAAGUUUUAGUUGAUUUACAAAGGAUCAAGAGAUGGCUUUGCAUCCUAAGAUUUUCAUUAGUAUUGCAACAAUUUAGGACCCACAAUAUUAUUUGCUCUUACUGAACACGGAAAGGUAUUUGGAGGUUACGUCUCAGUGCCUUGGAAUUCUAAUAAUUUAUAUACAGUAGAUUAAAAAGCUUUUGUAUUUUCACUGACUAAUAAAACUAAGCAUUUACAGUUUUAAAAUCUAUAAUAAGCAGCUCUUCAUAGUUCAUCUCAUAGUUGGAUACAAGGAGGAGGACACGAUAUCUUAAUUUCACAUGACUGUGAUAAGAACCAUAAUAGUCUUUGUAAUUUAGGUCACACAUAUCAGACACCAACAGGCCUUUCCCAUGGAUAAGAUAAUACUAAAUCGUAUCUAGGGGGAGCGAAAAAUUUUAAAAUACUCGAAAUAGAAGUUUAUAGAGUUGUAUUUGUCUGA